AUGGAUUCUCAUUCAUGGCUUCUUAUGGUCAUAAUUGCUGCAACUCUCGCAACAAGUUGCAGAACAGUUGAGUCAGCAUAUGAAGCUGAUAGGAUUGUGAAGCUGCCAGGGCAGCCAGAGGUUAGCUUCCAGCAGUAUGCAGGUUAUGUGACUGUUGAUGAAACCCAGCAGAGGGAACUUUUCUACUACUUCGUGGAAGCUGCGACAAACUCCACUUCCAAGCCUCUUGUUUUGUGGCUCAACGGAGGACCUGGGUGCUCUUCAGUUGGAGUUGGAGCUUUCUCCGAGCACGGCCCUUUCAAGACGAAUGCUGCUGAGGUUCUGGUCAACAAUGAAUACAGUUGGAAUAGAGAAGCAAACAUGCUGUACUUGGAAUCCCCAGCAGGAGUUGGUUUCUCAUAUUCUGCAAACACCUCUUUCUAUAAGUUGGUUAAUGACUCCAUAACAGCAAAAGACAACUUGGCCUUCCUACAACGAUGGCUACUCAAGUUUCCUGAAUACAAAACCAGAGAUCUUUUCAUCACCGGAGAAAGCUAUGCUGGACACUAUGUCCCACAGUUAGCUCAGCUAAUUGUGGAGUCCAGAGCAAAUCUCAGCUUCAAAGGCAUUGUUAUAGGGAACCCAUCGUUGGAGUUCGGCACAGAUCUCAACGGGCAAGGAGAGUACUACUGGUCUCACGGCGUGAUAUCCGAUCAAACCUAUCACCUAGUCAACACAGUCUGCAACUUCUCUCAGAUGUACAGAGAAAUCUUGUCUGCGUCCGGCAACUUCUCCAAACAGUGUGAACUCGUUGUAGCCCAGAGUAAGGAAGAAUGGCGGAGCCGGAACUUCGACAACUAUGAUGUCACUUCUGAUGAAGCUGGUGGGGAGUCGAUAGACCUUUGUGUACAAGAUCAUACGGACAAAUACUUGAACAGGAAAGAUGUAAAAGAAGCUAUGCAUGCCAAGCUUGUCGGCGUCAAUAACACUUGGAGUGUCUGCAGCAAAGUGGUGAAUUAUGACCACUACAAUCUGGAGAUUCCAACUAUUGGGGUGGUUGGUUCAUUGGUGGGAUCAGGGAUUCGAGUGCUAGUCUACAGCGGGGAUCAAGAUUCAGUGGUCCCGUUCAUUGGAACGAGGAUUCUGGUGAAUCGUUUGGCAACCGAGAUGGGGUUGAAUACAACCGUACCAUACAAGGCAUGGUUUGAUUAUGACAAACAGGUGGGUGGAUGGACACAAGUCUACGGGGAGAACAAUAAGUUGUCAUUUGCAACAAUCAGAGGAGCCUCUCACCUGGCUCCAGCUUCCUCGCCGAAGAGAUCGCUCGCAUUAUUUGCAGCCUUUGUUGCUGGGAAACCAUUGGCAGCUCGAUCUCCCUCAAACUUGGAACCUGUCACCAAACUGUAA